AUGCGCAUGGGCCUGCGGAGCGUAGACGAGGCGUCGCUUUCACUUGGGGGACGCCGUGGUGGUCGAGCCGCAGCACGGCAAGACACGGUAUUGGAUGACAGCAGCAGCUGCAGACCCAGAGCCUGCAGCCGCGGUGCUGGCGUUGUUGUUCAUCGCGAAACGGCAGUGAAACAGACACCGAAUGCAGCAGCGGCAUUGUUGUUGGUGGAACGACCGACAAAUCUCGGAAACCGGCUGCAGCGUGACAGCAGCCCUGAGAGCUGUGGGAUAGGGUCAUUGCUUGCACUUCCUCUCUGCCCCUCCGCCUCGUCGUCGGUUUCCUCCUCUACGACGUCUUGCGCCACGAGGCGACCAGUGUUCUGCUCCCCUUACUACAGAUGGGCGCCGCUGCACACGGCGUACUCUAGCGCUCUGGUGAAUGAGCACGAAUCUGUUAUCCAAUGGUACGAACAGCAGCAGCANAGUGAGGAAGCUGAAGAGGAAAUCAUUGAUCUGUGGCUCGCGACGGCCAAGUCGCGCUCUGAUGCUUUGCGUUUGUUCGUGCAGAGGCACCGUGUCUUUUACGGUACACUGGACGAAGAUAAACUUCAGUUGGUGGAGGAUUGUCAGAAGCGGCUUUUGCAAUGUGUAGAGAGAGCACAGACACGACAACGUUCACGCUUAUCCAGCAGCACUAUUAGAUCUUGCUUAGCUGGUGCUCGAAGUGCUGGCCGUCCAUUUGCUACACGAGCGAAGCACAUUAGUUUCGCGACACCAUUGUUCAAGUACUUUUCUACUACACCCUCGACGAGGGAGGGUCUCCCUAGUGGUUCCUUGAGUAUAUCUACAGCCUCUGCUUUCACAUAUGAAAAUAACUGCUAUAGUGACGAGGUGUACACUGGACGAACAAGUGGUGUGUUUUAUGGCAACACACCUGAUGCGCUGCUGACAUCCACCGUAUGUCAUCAGCGGCGAGAGAGGGAACACGUCCUUGAGUACAAUACCGUGAAUCGGAAACAUGAGAUGAAGGAAGAGGUGGUGGUUGAGCCUCACUCUUAUGAUUCGCAGCAGCAGAAAAGAGGUGAUUUGGGGACAGGCAGGGAUGAUGAAAAAACGUUUGGGGACAGCUACCCGCAUUGGCUCCUUUCCAGCUCCGCGACGGCGGGGACAAAAGCGCGGCGGCACCGACAGCGACAGCGGCGGCGGAUGCUUCAACUGUACAUUGUGGUUCUUGCCAUAUGCUGCUUGCCGCUGCUCGUGGCGAUGACGUGGUGGUGGUAG